AUGCAUCCCCAGACGGACUCCCGCUUCUUCUCCCUCCCCCCCGAGAUACGCAUCGUCAUCCAACACGAAUAUCUUAAGCAACACCCCACAAUCAAGACCACCUGUCAGGUCCUUCCGCCUGCUGAGAGGGGCGAGACUCAGUCUUACAGGGGCAUUUCGAUCGCACCCUCUCUGAUGCUCACCUGCGUCAAAAUGUACAAGGAGAUGCACCCCAUGGCCUUUCAGGAUAUGAUUAUACGAUUCCGACCCUCCAAAAACCUGCAGCUCCCCCUCAAGGUGGUUUUACCGCCUCCUCGUCAGUACUUGCAGAGCCUGACGCUCAUCGCGGAGAUCUCACAGCAAGAGAUGAUGGAGCAUCAAGAACUCGCUCUUCAUUUGCUGGGGGGCCCAUCCCUGCAGAAGUUCACGAUAGAGGGGAGAAAUGGCUUGAAAUGGCUCAAUGGUCACGACCAGUGCUUCUUCGUCGGACUCCGAAGGCCUCUUGAGCAGCAUCGGGGCCAGAGAGUGGUUCGACUCCCUCAUAGGGUACGAGGCUCCCCUAGCACCAGCUUUACUUUCGAAUGA